AUGGCGGCGCCGGAGGAGCGGCUCCUGUCGGACGGGGAAGGCGGCGCCCUGGGCUCGGCGCGGCUCUCCCCGCCCCCGGUCUCGGAGUCUCCCGAGGCUCUGGCGCCCUUGGAGCCGCCGCCUCAGAGCAACACGCUCAUGGGGCUGCCCAUCGUGGCGAUCGAGAGCAUCCUCAGCUUCCUGUCCUACGAUGAGACGAGCCAGCUCCGCCUGGUUUGUAAGCGAAUGGACUUGGUUUGUCAGCGAAUGUUAAAUCAGGGAUUUCUGAAAGUGGAAAGAUACCACAACUUGUGUCAAAAGCAAGUUAAAGCUCAGCUUCCAAGACGGGAGUCUGAAAGAAGAAACCAUUCAUUAGCUCGUCAUGCAGACAUCCUUGCUGCUGUAGAAACGAGACUCUCUCUGUUAAAUAUGACUUUCAUGAAGUAUGUGGAUUCAAAUCUCUGUUGCUUCAUACCUGGAAAGGUAAUAGAUGAAAUUUAUCGUGUGCUAAGGUAUGUAAACUCUACAAGAGCUCCUCAGAGAGCUCAUGAAGUUCUUCAAGAACUAAGGGACAUUUCCUCCAUGGCUAUGGAAUAUUUUGAUGAGAAGAUUGUUCCAAUACUGAAAAGAAAGAUGCCUGGGUCAGAUGUAUCGGGACGUCUGAUAGGAACUGCCCCAGUUCCAGGGCCUUCUGCAGCACUGACAACAAUGCAGCUGUUCUCCAAGCAGAACCCUUCAAGACAGGAAGUCACCAAACUCCAGCAGCAAGUAAAAGCAAAUGGCACGGGCUUGACAGCGCUGAAGCGGGAGAUCUCAGAGCUUCGCAUCAAAGUGCAAGAGCAACAGAAACAACUCCAAGAUCAAGAUCAGAAACUGCUUGAGCAAACCCAAAUCAUAGGUGAACAGAAUGCCCGACUGGCUGAGCUUGAACGCAAGCUGCGAGAGGUGAUGGAGAGCACAGUAGGAAAUUCUUCAGGUUCUGGCUCAAAUGAACAAUCUCCUAGAAAACGGAGGAAGGCGGUGGAAUCCACAGACUGUCCUAGGAAAUCUAAACGCCUUCGAAACAGAAAAUAACUUGGGAGUAAAUGACACCUUCAGGAGGAUACACUGCUUUAGUAGCCCAAGCAGGUCUGCUUGUUUGGAUACUGUGACUAGCUUCAUGGUGUCACUUAGGCUGCUGGCUCUUCAAAACACCACUUAGACUUGAACAGUAAUUUUCUUUCAUUGAGACUUUUCCCCUGCUUUCUGUAUGGGUGGGCCUAAUGCACAGAAUCUUUAAGAUUUGCAAUAGAUACAUACUAACCAGACCUGCUCUGUUAUGUUUUGAAGGGUUAAUCUUUUUUCUGUGCAGAUGUGUUUAAAGUAAACUUAUUUGUGUUUAUGCAUAUGUUCACAUAAAAUCUUAAAUAAAUUCAGUCUUAACUGACUAAAAAGUUAAGCGUAAAAACAGAUGUCCUGUUCACUUGAAGGAAAGAUCCACUUUCAAAAUCUUGUUUUAGAGAACUUGACCUUUUUUGUUACAAGUGACCUUGUCUGGAAUGUCUGAAAAGUAGUUAAUACUUUUUGGGUAUCUCUGUAAUGAGUAAAACUGACUUCUUAAGCUACAGUAUUGGCUAUAUAUUUUUGUAAACUUACAAGGAAGGGCCUUCUAUCCAGUCUUCAAAUGCACACACCCUGGUUCUAGGUCUUGGGAGCCAUAUUCUACAUUUGCAUGGAUAGAUGCAUGUACAGCUUAGUCAGCCUGCUAAAAGCUCUUGCCUGAAAUUGUUCUUAACUCUGGGAGAGAGUACAGAGACCUGUAAAGCAAUUUCUUUGUUCCUCAGCCGUAACUUAGCAUCUGCUUUCAGCACAACUGCUUUCUUACAAGGAGGUGGUCUUACGAAGCUAGUUGCAGGAGAGUUUGAACCCAGGCUAUCUGCCACUUUCACUGCCUGUAAAUUGCAGGUAUUGUUAGCCAAAGCUGGAGAAUUGAGAAGCUGCCUAUGCAUCACUUGAUUCAUAGGCCAACACCUAAUAAGUAUCAGACAAAUUGUCCCUACAAUAACCAAGCUCAGGGGGACACCAUUUAAAUGAAAUGUUGUAUUAUGGAAAAACUUAA